UUCCUAACUAUUACAUAGGUUUAUAAAAGAACUGUAAAGUUAUAGUGAAAGAUGGUCAAAGCACAUGUUUGUGUAGAGGACAGUACCGUGAGUGAUGUGAAGAGGUGAGGGUUUACUGUCCAAGUGAAAAAUUGACUCCAAAUUACAUUAAAUGAGAUUAACAAUUAGUAUACUGAAAGAGUGUUGAAUUGGAACAACUCUUGUUGACCUUAUUAUACUUAAGUUGUACUAAAGUAAGACAAAUGGUUAACUUUAAGUAGGUUUAGUGCACUUGACUGGACUAAAAUGGGACUAUUAUAAAAUACAUUUGAUAUAUAUUUAUUAUUGCACUUUGAGCAUACUCAAAAUGUACUAGUAAUAGACAACUAAUAUAUUAAUAUUAAAUUAAUACCAAACUCGUACCAAAAUAGUACACUCUAAGGGAAAUUGGUAGUGCAUUUUAAUGUAGUCUGCUGUACUUUGAAAUAUGUUACAAAUACACUUGCAGAAUAUAAUUGCAAGUAGCUAAUAUUUAAGUACCGGUCAUUAGAAAUGAAUGAGUUAAUGAGACUCAGCCCCUUAACCUGUGUAAAAGUACCAAUACCACACUGUGAUAAUACUCUAACAAGUAAACGUUGCAUUAAGAACCCUAUACCACUAAAGUACUUGUUUUGCAGAAAAUCGGCCGCUGUGACUUAUAUGAAAGAAUUAUAUUAUUAAUACAGAUGCAUCAGUGUGUAAGCAGUUGACUUUUGACUUUGUAGCAGUACCACACAGUGGGUGUGAUUGGCCUUGUUGAAGACUCCACUUCAUAAAGGGGCCAAAGUUUGGUGUGAUAAACUGAGAAGAGUCGGUGGCAGUAAACCAUCCUAGCAAACUGUACUAACUUUGAAUUAAUUUGUCAUAAUGUUUAAGCAUGUAAGGGAUGAUUUGUUUGUUUAAAUCAGACUUCCACACAGAGAAACAUAUUCUCUAUAGUUGUCUGUCAUACCAGCUACAUCAUCACUGAAAAUGUCCUGGAAAUAUCCUGGAAAAUGAUCUCUGAUGAACCCUGAUGUUGCUUUUUUGUAAAGGGGUAGAAUAACAAAAAUGUUGGAAACCACAGGUUUAAUCUUUAACAAUGGGUCGUAUUUUAGAAGAUUAUCAUAUAUCAUAUGUGUUUUAUGCUAAAUUUAAAUCUGGGCAGGAACUACAACUGUCAAAUAAGUGUUGUGGAGUAAAAAAGUGUAAUAUUUGUCUCUGAAGGGUAGUGGAGGAAAAGUAUUAAGUUGCAUAAAAUGAAAAUACUCACGUGAGUACAAGUACUUGAGUAAAUGUAUUUACUUUUUAAUAUAAUGGACUCGCCCUCAUGGCCCCAGCUCUUCUAAAAUUCUGGCUACAGCCCUGAAACUGUCCCACAUGAUGACUGCUGAUGUUAUCACAGCUUCACCUGCUUCAACAAGAUCAAACAUGGCUUUUCACACAGUGCAGCGUUAGCCAAUUGUAUCCUUGAUCUGCAGUGCUGAGCUCUGGGUUAAGAGUUGGACGUCACCAGCAUGCGUCUUCUCUCAACAGGGGUCUGUUUGCUUGAGGCUGAGUUUUAGAAUAGUUGAUAGUGAUUUAUGAAAUAUAACUUUUAUCAAACUUAUAGUUUGUAUAGAGUUUGUCCAAGUUGCGUUUUGGAUAAGGAUAAAUGGAGACAAAAGAAAUACCACAGAAAACUCCAAGACACUCUGACACGUUUUGUCAUCAAGUCUUCGUCAAAGAAAUCUCAUGGAACAAGUGGCCAUUUUAUAGUGGAACUUCAUUUUAGUGUUUUAGUUAUCUAUUUAUUCUGAGUCUUUAUUCAAGGCAAACGCAUACAGUCAGAUGUGUGCAUGGGUGCUUCUUGAAUAGGCGAUAGGACUGAAAAGAUGUUAAGUUUACAAGAUGAGGGAAAGACCAGUGACACCAGUGAGACACCGUGUGACAGUCGAGGGAAAUUCACAGACAGCUGCAGGCUCAGCAAAGAAACCAGAACAGGACCAGGCAAUGUUUGUCUUUUCAAGGAGUUUUCUUAUUUCUUUUCACUGGCUUAUGUGCAGCCACAAUUCAGACAUCUAUACUUGUUUACGUCAGAUUCUACUCACAGAUAGCAGUCAAAUUAAUGACAAACACAAAUACAGGAAUAGACACCCCUCCUCCCCACUCUCUCUUUCUCACUCUCUACAUUUGGAUUAUGCCCCAUCUUGUGGACAGUUUCAUACAGCUAGUGGAAAAACAGCCCCACCCAUUUUCCCUUUGGUUUUUACAUCUUUUGUUGUUGUUUUUUUACACCACUCCCUUGCGGCUGAAAAGCAUAAAGACAGAAACAAAUCUUGUGAGUCUUUACUUCUGCAGGGGGGCCUCUUUACAAAGACGUCAUGACAGAUAUUGGCUGGGGACAGUUUCACAAUAGAUCUGUGACAAGGAAAAAUGAAUUUGUUGUGAAGAGCAUUGAUUGUACAUCAAGCUGGACUAUUAGACAGACGAAGGAUCCCAGAGCGUCAGGCCCCAAAAUCCCAGGUUCACUGUGUGUCAGUUAGUUUGUGGUAAUUUCAUUACUUCAUCAUUGAAACUGUAGUGAUAAGGGCCUUAAAGGUUAUGUUCAAGUCUAUUUUAAUACAAUACUCACAUGCAUUGUAGUUCUUUAUCCUGUCUCUUGUGAAAAGUCGAAAUCCAGAGUCUUUAUUCUGUGCAGAAAUGCAUUUAUAAGUUCAGUUGAGGCUAAUAGGACCCAUCAGCAGUCUGUCUUAGCCAAAUCAAGUAUCUUUUAAAAUGACAGUAUGUUUAUUAUGAAUUUCCCUCAUUUUGUGUUUCCAGAGACAAUAUCUGUGUGCUAAGCUGCAGUGUAGAGAUAGUAGCCUAACAAAAAGGGAUGGAAGGAUCUUUUUAGACAGGAGGAACAGUUGCAGCAGCUGAUAACUGUUUCAUAUGAACAUGUGAGUAUUGCUUUAUGAUAGAUUUAAGAGAUGUGAACCUCAUCUUUAAGGCAGAUCCUGCAUUUCUUCUCAUUCCAGCCUGCUCACAAUCUAGUCUUUAUUAUCUAUUUUAGCAUUUAAUAUUGGGCAUAUUCCUAAAUUGAUUUAUGUUUAGUCAAAUUACCAAACUGACAGACAGCAAUUCUGAGUGAGAACGCAAUUAAGUCAAACUGAAUUUUGCCCCCAUAGAGAAGUCUAGACAGGAUAUCAGCCUUUAGAAGCAGGAGCAGCCUGAGGCGCUGUCCAGUGCUGAAAACACUACUGUCCUAAUAUGUAACGUACAGCUGUAUAUGCGUUUUAUAUCAACACUGUCACAGUGACAAAAUGGCCUUUAAUCAGAUUCAUGAUACAAGAGAUAACCAAUCUCACAACAGACGGAUGAUUGCUUGUGAUUGUCUUGUCUCUUGUGUGUCCACUCGUGUCCCAGCACCCAUGUAUGAUGGUGACGUGUUCCAGAUUAAUGGGUCGGUGUAUAAUUAGCUCCAUGAAGUAUAUCUGGAGUGGCCCAUUUGUGUCUCUGCUCCUGCAGCAGUCAUUCUUGGUUUCUCACUGCCACCUUGUGGAUUUUGGGGUUUUUUCGUCCUUUCAGUGUGUCAUGUCCUAUAGGUUACAUCUUCACCAUUCAACAACCAUCCUGUCUGCACAAGAAGUGGGGAAAGAAGAUGUUUAUGGCAGGUGCAUAUUCGAGAUGUAAUGACAACGAGGGUUGAGGUCAUCUCCAAACGUUUUUGUUUUUCGAUCUCAGUUCAUAAUGUCGAGAUGGAACUCGUUCAUAUUAUUGGGGUGCGGGGAAUAAAUAUAUAGAAGCAGUUAAAUGCGUAUUAAGGCACGUGAUUGUGUCUUUACGGUUGUCCUCUUGUUUUUUUCCACAAAGAACAAAACCAGCGACCGUCUCCCCCUCCCCUCUUCGAUCCUGAUCCCUCCUCACGUAAUGUGUUGCUCAUAUCAUCAAACUUGGAGUCCGCGUCCGUGACCAGGAUUCAAACCAGAACUAGAUCCGAAGACAAUCAACACUUCCCAAAAAAAAACAAAAAGUCACACUUAAGGGGCCGAAAGCAGCGCCAUUCAGUGUCAAACCUGCAGACCUGCCUGCAGACGAGUCCGCUCCACAAAUAUGCAGCACCGGUGGAUGUAGGCUAUACUUGCAGUGACUCAUUCGUGCGCAACGACAAUAAACAGACAAGGCUUGAUUUAAAUGUCAGCAAAUCAAACCUACUCGCAAAACAAAAGCAAGGUCACCUUGUGUGGGGUCCAACGAGGAACUGAAGCUCAGGUCUGUUUUUUUUUCUUCUCCUCUUUCUUCUUCUCCUCGGAGUGUUUCAAAGAGUAACAGCAGUGGUCUCGCCUCCAGGACAGAGGGAAUUCACUUUUUUGGGGGGACUGCACCUGUUCACCUGCACCACAUAAUCACGUGCUGUGCUAUUUAUUAUGAGGAUGACAAUCGUGAAGGUGUGAGGCGGCUGUUUAACCAUCAUCCAUCCUGAGCAGGAUCAAGAUAUGGUGCUGAAAUAACGUGCUCCUGUUAUUGGCUCAAGUGAGGAUUUGUCUUUGCUCAGUGAACUGAACUCAACGUGUAAGACAGACUGUGCCCUUGUCGUCUACAGUGAGGUCGGGCUACUUUUCAUCUUGGUUGAUAGGCUAUAAAGAGAGAUUUUGGGGGGCAUUAACAAAAAAAAAAAAAAGAAGGGAAAAAAGUGACCAGGCUUUUUGAGGUGAGGACUUUGGCAAAGGGUCGGGAGUGAUGGCGGCGUCUGCACCCUCCUCCUCUGGCGGCGAACCGGAUCCCAACUCGACAAAUUUACGACCACCGGGCUCAAGCUAUGAUGCCUGGUGUGGAGUUGCCCAUGGAUGUACUAGGAAAUUGGGAAUGAAGAUAUGUGGGUUUUUGCAGAAGAACAACAGUUUGGAGGAGAGGAACCGGAUUGUGAGUUCCUUGAAGGAGCGCGCCGCCAAGAACCUGCUGUCCUGCGAUAACGCCGGAGAAGAUGCGCAUUUCAGACGCACGGAGACCGACUUCUCCAAUAUGUUCGCCAGAGAUCUGUUGCCCGCCAAAAAUGGAGAGGAGCCCACCAUGCAGUUCUUGCUGGAGGUUGUGGAAAUCCUCACCAACUACGUGCGGAAGACCUUUGACAGAUCCACUAAGGUCCUGGACUUCCACCACCCCCACCAGCUGCUGGAGGGCAUGGAGGGCUUCAACCUGGAGCUCUCCGACCAGCCCGAGUCUCUGGAGCAGAUCCUGGUGGACUGCAGGGACACCUUGAAGUAUGGAGUGAGAACAGGUCACCCCAGGUUCUUUAACCAGCUGUCCACUGGAUUAGAUAUUGUUGGGUUGGCAGGAGAGUGGCUUACCUCUACAGCCAACACUAAUAUGUUUACCUAUGAGAUCGCCCCUGUCUUUGUGCUCAUGGAGCAGCUGACACUGAAAAAGAUGAGAGAGAUGAUCGGCUGGCCUGAGGGAGAGGGCGAUGGGAUAUUUUCUCCAGGAGGAGCAAUCUCCAACAUGUACAGUGUGAUGAUUGCCAGAUACAAGUUCUUCCCUGAAGUUAAGACCAAAGGCAUGGCAGCUGCACCCAGACUGGUCCUCUUCACCUCAGAGCAUAGCCACUAUUCCAUCAAGAAAGCCAGUGCAGCUCUGGGCUUCGGGACUGAGAACCUGAUCCUUUUGAACACGGAUAAGAGAGGGAGAGUCAUUCCUGCUGAUUUGGAAGCCAAAGUAAUAGAGGCCAAGCAAAAGGGGUAUGUUCCGAUGUUUGUGAAUGCUACCGCUGGCACCACCGUCUAUGGAGCCUUUGAUCCCAUCAAUGAAAUCGCAGACAUCUGUGAAAAGUACAACUUGUGGCUUCAUGUGGACGGUGCAUGGGGAGGAGGCUUGCUGAUGUCCAGGAAGCACAGACACAAGCUGAAUGGAGUGGAGAGGGCCAACUCAGUCACAUGGAACCCUCAUAAAAUGAUGGGAGUGCCGCUGCAGUGCUCUGCCGUUCUGGUCAGAGAGUGGGGAUUAUUACAAGGCUGCAACUCCAUGUCUGCCGGUUACCUCUUCCAGCCAGAUAAACAGUAUGAUAUUACAUACGACACGGGCGACAAGGCCAUUCAGUGUGGACGGCACGUCGAUAUCUUCAAGUUCUGGCUCAUGUGGAAGGCAAAGGGAACAGAAGGAUUUGAACAGCAUAUUGACAAGUGCCUGGAUCUGUCAGCGCACCUCUACAAUAAAAUAAAAAACAGAGAGGGCUUCGAGAUGGUGUUCGACGGAGAGCCGCAGCACACUAAUGUGUGUUUCUGGUAUAUUCCACCGAGUCUGCGCGGCUUGCCUGAUGGUGACGAGAGGCGGGAGAGGUUGCACAAGGUGGCCCCAAAGAUCAAGGCAAUGAUGAUGGAGUCCGGGACUACGAUGGUGGGUUACCAGCCGCAAGGAGACAAGGUCAACUUCUUCCGCAUGGUCAUCUCAAACCCCGCUGCUACCAUGUCAGACAUCGACUUCCUGAUCGAAGAGAUUGAGCGACUGGGGAACGACUUGUAAGAGACGCACCUAAACCAUUUCCCCCCAAAACAUGUCCGACUCUGUAGAGCCUUGAGCUUGGCUUCAUCUCCCUUUUGCCUCAUAAAGACAUUGAAUUUUGCUUACAGAUCUUCUCUGGCAAUGCACAAGAAAUAAUACGCCGUGUGUGUCUCUUCUCUGUCUCUUCUGUCUUUAUCAGCGAUGACUUAUAUUCAACACAUCUGCACACAAGGUUAUCUGAGUAAUAAGGACAUAUCUGUGAGAGAAUCAUAAAAGCACACAUGGUAUUCUUGCUAAACCAUGUUAACUGGAAAUUAACCCGUAUCUAAUAAUGUGGAUGACAUGAGAUUUACACUGGUUACUUUCUUAUGUAAAUAUAGAAUAGCAAGAAUAUCUGAGCACUUGAAUGAUUCUUUCUAUAGCAGCUAUAAAAGAAAACUGUUGUACUAUAUGACGGUCAGUAAAAACAGAAUGAGAUCGAAAUAUUUUUUCACAAGUAUCAGAGCACAAUGUAGGGAACCUUAUAGCAUUAUGUAUGUACUGACUGUUGGUGCUCCAUGUCGUCUGUGUGAUUAUCAAGCCAGAUGCGCCGCCACAUUGUACCCUAUCUGUUAUUUCCUUUUGAUAUUACAUAGGUGGAAAUAUAUAACACGGUCAUUGUACUUGAUCGCUGUGUUUUUAGAGAUUUUUGUGUAGAUUGUGUAUAGUAUUGUUACAUUGCCUUUGUGCCAAAUGUGUCCUAGUUUUACAGUGAGAAAAUAAUCCUAUAUCUAUGUAAUAUGUAAUAGAUGAAUCACUUUAUUUAUAUUCAGAGGUUCUAAUUGUGAAUAGGUUACCUGCUGUUCGUUUCCAGUUGUAAUGUAUGCUUCCUAUUGGGAAACCCUGCUGUACAAUAUCACAAUGUUUUGAACAACAUUGAUUUAUUUUACUGUAUUUGUGAACCAAAGAAGGAUUGAGGUACAUUUAUUCUCCCUUAUGGAUGGGUUCAGAUGUUUGUACAAGAAAACUUAACUUACCGCCCUUAACUUUAGUGCAAUCUAUGUUGUGUAACUGUGCAAUGUCAUUGUGAUUCACUGACUGAAUAUCGUCCAGACACUUGGCUAUAUGUGGGAGGAAGCAUGGAUGGGUUUGCGGCUGCUUUGUUCAUGAUAGAAAGCACAACGCUGAACCAUGAUCACUGGGCAGCUUUUAUUCUGCAGACAUAAUGAUUGUCUGUAUGAUAAUGUGUUAAAUGGAGUAAAACUAUAUUAUGCCAAAUUUUGUUUUUUUCUUAACAUGCUCACUAUAGUAACAUUUUUAUGUUAAAAAUAACAACGUGAGAAACUGGGAUUAUUUAUCAUAAAGAAUUUAGCUUGAACAAUGAAAUGCACAGUGUUUGCUGCUGUAAUAUGAUUUAUUGAACAAUUGUACAUUCCUGAACUAGUGGGAUGAAAUAUCCCUUUGUUAAAUUCAAUGUAGGCACUUUAACUUCAUGCCAUCAUUUGCAGAGUGUUAUUGUUGUAUCCACAGCACUAAUAAAGACAUGAGCUGUCGAA